AUGGCGUCCCAACGGUCAGCCCUGUACUUUUUGCUCGCGUUCCUUCUUUUCUGCGGCCCUUCUCUGGCCGCUUCGCCACGCUACCUCUCCGUGAGCGUGGACUCGGUGCUAGGUUCCCGGGCUCAGGCCCCCUGCUAUGAUCCCGACACAUAUGAAGCCCCUACUUCUGGGAACAAGCUCUCGGUGCGUCCCUCUUGCGGCGGGACGAAGCGCGACAUCCUCGCACACGACAGAGACCGGCUUCGCACCGUCCGCGAGAGGUCGUCGUCCUCCUCCUCUUCCGCCAUGCCUCCGGUUCCAGUCACCUUCCCUCCUAUCAUCCCACUGACACCAGGCCCCGCGCCAGCCGCGGAGGCACCGGCCACGACCAUCCCGGACCACACGGGGACGAACCUCGACACGCUGGAGUUCGUCGUGGUCGUCGGCUUCGGCACGCCGGCUCAGACAGCCGCCAUCAUCCUGGACACCGGCAGCGACCUGUCGUGGAUCCAGUGCAAGCCGUGCUCGGGCCACUGCUACAGGCAGCACGACCCGGACUUCGACCCGGCCAAGUCAUCCUCCUACGCCGCCGUGCCCUGCGGCACGCCAGUGUGCGCGGCCGCGGGCGGCAUGUGCAACGGCACCACGUGCCUCUACGGCGUGCAGUACGGCGACGGCUCGUCCACCACCGGCGUGCUCUCCCGCGACACGCUCACGUUCAACUCCUCGAGCAAGUUCACGGGCUUCACGUUCGGGUGCGGCGAGAAAAACAUCGGCGACUUCGGUGAGGUGGACGGGCUGCUCGGCCUUGGCCGUGGCAAGCUGUCGUUGCCCUCGCAGGCUGCCCCGUCCUUCGGCGGCGUCUUCUCCUACUGCCUGCCGUCCUACAACACCACGCCGGGGUACCUCAACAUCGGCGCGACAAAACCCACCAGCACGGUCCCCGUGCAAUACACGGCGAUGAUCAAGAAGCCGCAGUACCCGUCCUUCUACUUCAUCGAGCUCGUCUCCAUCAACAUCGGCGGCUACAUCCUCCCCGUGCCGCCGUCCGUGUUCACCAAGACGGGCACGCUCCUCGACUCCGGCACGAUCCUCACGUACCUCCCUCCGCCGGCCUACACCUCGCUGCGCGACCGGUUCAAGUUCACCAUGCAGGGGAACAAGCCGGCGCCGCCGUACGAGCCCCUCGACACAUGCUACGAUUUCACGGGGCAGGGCGCGAUCGUCAUACCCGCGGUGUCCUUCAACUUCAGCGACGGCGCCGUGUUCGACCUCGACUUCUACGGGAUCAUGAUAUUCCCCGACGACGCCAAGCCGCUCAUCGGCUGCCUCGCGUUCGUGUCCAGGCCCGCCGCAAUGCCCUUCAGCAUCGUCGGCAACACGCAGCAGCGUGCGGCCGAGGUGAUCUACGACGUUCCAUCACAGAAAAUUGGUUUUAUCCCGAUCAGUUGCUGAUUUUGAGUUUUGGUUGAUAAAUGAGUGAACACUGCUAUCGUCCAUUUGUUCGUAUCUCUGUACGUAGUGUCGUUUUCGUUUUCCGAUCCGGUGUAUGAAUAAGGGGGUGUGGCGAUGCGUGGUUUUGUUGCUCAGUCGACUUUUAUGUAUACCGUCUCUGGUGUACCUUUUUGCCUUG